AAUGAUAGAAAAAUAAUAAGUAAUAGUGACUAGUGAUAGAGGGGAUGAGAGCGCGAAUGAAAGCAGGACUUGUGCAAGAAACAAACAGAGACAGUGCUUCUCACUUUUCACACAGACGAAGCAAUCACUCCACGCCAAAAGCGCAAUUCAAUUACCCAAUUCACGACGACAUGUAAUACAACAAUCGCUUAUUUAAAUUUUGACAUUCAAAAUAAUCGGUUUCUGAAUUCCGUUCCGCUUGGCCAUGGCGUUGAGAAACGGCGGAAGAAAACUUUCCUUCGAGGUUCUUAGCCGAAGCGUUUCCCCUGAAGACGAAUCGGAUCCAUCUCAAGCCAACCGCAAGAAGCGCAAGCACCGAGCCUCCAAGAAGAAAAAGAAGCUUCUCGAUCGCGCCGAUUCCAUCGAUCCACUGCAUUCGAAGACGGACGCGCCGUUUGAGAACGGCUUAGCCUGCAACGGUUUCGAGCUUGACGCGCAUAGGUGCUUCGCUGUCGGCGGAAGCGUCGUCGUCUGCGAGGAGGUGCGUGAAGCGAGCGUGUGUGAUGUUGCGGAGGCGCGUGAGGACGGGACUGAUAUUCCGACGAGUGUGCGCGGUGGCAUAGAAGGGUUUAAUUUUGGGGAAUUGCGGCAGAGAAACGUGAAUUGCGGAAGUUCUGAGGAUUUAGUGGCUCCGGUGACGCGCGAUGAGAGUGCUAUUGGGAAGGACGAUGGUGAAGUGAAGGUGAGUCCGGUGGAGAAACCGACGAACGAGCCUGACAGGAAUGUUGUUACGAAGUUGGAGACGGUGGAAUCGUUGGAUUGGAAGCGUAUCAUGGCAGAAGAUCCGAAUUGUGUGUUUUCAGUGGAGAAGUCUCCUGUGAGGUACUUUUUGGAGGAAAUGUACAAUGGAAAUUCUCUACGGAGCACAACAAUUCUUGGCAAUGAGAAAGAACGAGAGAGAGUUUAUGACACUAUCUUCCGCUUGCCCUGGAGAUGUGAAUUGCUUAUAGAUGUUGGCUUCUUUGUCUGCUUCGAUUCAUUUCUUUCAUUAUUAACUAUUAUGCCAACAAGGAUCAUGAUGACCAUUUGGAGGCUUCUAAAGACAAGGCAGUUCAAGAGGCUGUCUACAGUGGAGUAUUCAGAUUUUGGCUGUUUCCUUAUUAUGUGUUGUGGAGUGGUUCUUUUGCAGCGAACAGAUAUCAGCUUAAUAUAUCAUAUGAUACGUGGUCAAGGAACCAUAAAAUUAUAUGUGGUCUAUAAUGUUUUAGAGAUAUUUGAUAAAUUAUGUCAAAGUUUUAAUGGAGAUGUGUUGCAAACAUUAUUUCUUUCUGCUGAAGGACUUGCAAGUUGCCCCCCUGAAAGCAUGAGAUUCUGGAUAUGGAGAUUUGUUUCUGACCAAGCUUUAGCUGUGGCUGCUUCAAUUGCUCAUUCUUUUAUCUUAUUAGCCCAGGCAAUCACUUUAUCAACCUGUAUAGUUGCUCACAACAAUGCGUUGUUAGCUUUACUGGUGUCCAAUAAUUUUGCUGAGAUCAAAAGCAAUGUGUUUAAGCGAUACAGCAGGGAUAACGUUCACAGUUUGGUUUACUUUGAUUCUGUAGAAAGAUUCCACAUUUCUGCAUUUAUCUUAUUCGUUUUGGCUCAAAAUAUUCUGGAGGCAGAAGGUCCCUGGUUUGAAAGUUUUCUUAAUAAUAUCCUCUUGGUUUAUGUAUGUGAAAUGAUCAUUGAUAUUAUCAAGCAUUCAUUCAUUGCUAAAUUCAACGACAUUAAGCCCAUUACAUACUCUGAGUUCCUUGAAGAUCUAUGUAAACAGACUCUAAAUAUGCAAACUGAAGGUGCUAAGAAAAACCUGACUUUUGUCCCCCUUGCUCCAGCAUGCGUGGUUAUUCGAGUUCUCACUCCAGUAUAUUCUGCAAACCUUCCUCACAAUCCCCUUCCAUGGAGAAUUUUCUGGAUUCUUCUAUUUUCAGCAAUGACCUAUGUUAUGCUCACAAGCCUCAAGGUUCUCAUUGGCAUGGGCCUACAGAAACACGCCACUUGGUAUGUUGAUCGCUGCAGAAGGAGAAAACACCAUCUUCAUGCAGAUUAAUUUUGAAGGGAAAAUAUUGCUGUCUUGAGUUAAUGUUCUCUACUGCCCAAGGAUUCCUCCGCUUAUGCCCCGAGUGCAUUUAUUGAAAGAGCCCAGGGAGAUAAUGAUGCCUUGAGUCUUGAAUCAUCAUCGGUGAGUAUAACAUACGAGAAAAACUUUUUGGUUUAUAACUUGAAGGUGAACCUAUAGAUGGUUUCUCCUUUCAAUUUUGAUGGCAAGAUAUAGUUUGAUGAUUACAGACAGAAUAAGAAUAGGAUUAUAGGCUGCAUAGUUGCGAUGGAUAGUAAUCACUUCUCUUUUCCUUUCCCUUGUAAUCAAGUUAGGCCAACUCAAUAAAAAAUUACAUUUUUUUUUCACUUUUUUUAAAACAACUUUUAAUAUCGGCACUUCUCUACAUUCUUCCUCAAGUCGUGUUGAUUCC